GAGAGAGAGAGAGAGAGAGAGAGAGAAACAGAUCAGGAUUUGUUGACCACUCGCCACCAUAGACAGCGAGCGGUAGGUAGGUUAACUCGCUAACAGCUACGCUAGCUCUGCUUCUCUUCUCCCCCGGACCGAGCCGGGGAUUAGUGUUAGCCGGGACUAGCCAUCUUAGCUAACCUAGAUAGCUUCUCUCCAGCGGCCGAACAACAUCGACUCACUCAGUCCAGCUUCCGGGAAUGCGAGGACGCUGAAGCCCCGGAGCCGUUACUGCUGGAUGGGCGAGCUCUGACAAAACAAGAGGGAGAAGGAGGGAGGGACGGAGACGGGGGAGAGAAAGAAAGAGGGAGGAUCCAGAAGAAGAAGAAGACGGAGCCGAGGUGCUGCUGCUGACCCUGCUGCGUGGUCAAGUAAAAAAAAAACACAGCCUUGCUUUUUCAUUCACUCCGCCGAGCCAUGAGCUCUGUAUCUUUGAACACGCGAGCACAGCAGCUACUAGGUUAGCUAGCUAGCCUAACACAGCCUAGUUAGGUUAGUUAGCUAACAAACUAAAAGGCACAACAGGAGGGAGGUUGUGUGUGUCUGUAGCUAAGAGAGUGCGUUCGUGUUUCUGCGAGUGUGUUGGAGGACUUCCUUGAACUUUGAUCCUAAAAAAAAGAGAAGAGAGAGAGCACGGGAGGCACCAGGGUUCAGGACAGAAGGAGAACCCUGUUUAUCAUUAGCAAGAAGAAAGAGAACAAGACAGGGUCUACAACUACCUCCACACAACUCUGGGACUACUUUAUGCUUGUGAAGUUACAAGGUACAGCGGUGUUACACUGGUGUUAGUCUUGUUACAGUCUUGUUACUGUGUUUAUAAACUCUGAACAGGGAAGGUUGUGUGGCAGAACAAGAGCCACACACGCUGCACAAAGCAAGAACUGGUUUGACUUGUUGGUGACCUGUGGGUAGGGCAAGUGUCCUUUGCAUGUAUGUGAAAAGUAGCUACCACAGCACCAGAGUUUCUCUGACUUGAGUGAGCUGUGGUGUUUGGCUUUGUUUUGAGAGGCUCUUCACUUUUACCCGAGUUCUGUUCUGCGUAAUGUGUCUGGGGGGUGUCUGUACUGUGGUGAGUUUCUGGUUUAUGUGUAAUUUGUUUCCUGUAAAAAGGGCAGGCCGUGCUCUUAACUCUCUCCACUCUCUUGAGUGAACUCUAAAGCGCAUUGUGAAUCAGAGGCCUUUCAAGAGCCCAGGAGGAUCUGUUUUGAAGUUGACAUGGAUUAAUUAAUGAACACUGAGAUAAAGAAGACAGUCAGAUAAAGAAGAGUCAGAGAGCUGUGAAGGUAUUUAGACCUGUUUUUUUAAAGGUGUAAAAGGGUCUUUAGGUGCGUUUGAGGACUUUACAGCAUCUUCUUCACUUCUUCACAGCACCAGUUUCAGAAUUGUAAAGCUUGAGGUUGAUGUCUGUGGCUUGAACUCUCACACACUCACUUACACACACACAGUCUCGGGCGAGUCAGAACACUCAGCACUGUCUGGGGAGGCUUUUCUGUAAAUCCUGGUGGUGCAACACAGCAAUGGCCAUGGUGGGUGGGGGAUGGGGCAACCCGAAUGGGAGCACCAAUGGCCUGGGGGACAAGGGCUACCUGCGGGGGGAGGAGGACGAGAGCUCCCCGCAAGCGGGGAACAGUGAUGUGGAAGGGGGAGAGGACGACAAGGCCUGCGUGGUGGACUGCGUGGUCUGUGGGGACAAGUCCAGUGGCAAGCACUACGGUGUCUUCACCUGCGAGGGCUGCAAGAGCUUCUUCAAGAGGAGCAUUCGCCGCAACCUCAGUUACACCUGCAGAUCAAACAGAGAAUGCCAGAUCGAUCAGCAUCAUCGCAACCAGUGCCAGUACUGCCGUCUGAAGAAAUGCUUUCGUGUGGGCAUGAGAAAAGAAGCAGUCCAGCGUGGACGCAUCCCUCCUUCCCACUCCGGAAUCAGCCCCACUUCCAUGGUUGGUGCUGGUGGGGGAGGAGUUGGUGGACAGGGCAUGGGGGGUGAAUAUUUCAACGGUCAGCCUGCACCCGAGCUCAUAACCCAACUCUUGAGGGCAGAGCCGUACCCCAACAGCCGCUACGGAGCCCAGUGUGGCCAGCAGCUUGGUGGAGGCAACAGCGCCGUCAUGGGCAUCGACAACAUCUGUGAGCUGGCAGCCCGGUUACUCUUCAGCACCAUUGAGUGGGCCCGGAACAUUCCCUACUUCCCCGACCUUCCUGUCUCUGAGCAGGUGGCCCUGCUGCGGCUCAGCUGGAGCGAACUGUUCAUUCUGAACGCGGCACAGUCGGCCCUGCCGCUCCACAUGGCACCGCUGCUAGCCGCCGCCGGCUUCCAUGCCUCACCCAUGUCUGCGGAGCGCGUGGUCUCCUUCAUGGACCAGGUGCGCGUCUUUCAGGACCAGGUGGACAAACUGACGCGACUGCAGGUGGACUCUGCUGAGUACAGCUGCCUGAAAGCCAUCGCUCUUUUCUCUCCAGACGCGUGUGGACUGACAGACCCGGCCCAUGUAGAGAGUCUGCAGGAGAAAGCCCAGGUGGCCCUGACCGAAUACGAGCGCAUGCAGUAUCCCACCCAGCCACAGCGUUUCGGCCGCCUGCUACUGCGUCUGCCCUCGCUCAGAGCCGUGCCCGCCAACCUCAUCUCUCAGCUCUUCUUCAUGCGGCUGGUUGGAAAGACGCCCAUCGAGACGCUGAUCCGAGACAUGCAGCUCUCAGGCAGCUCAAUUAGCUGGCCCUACGUGCCCGGACAGUAAUUGAGUUGACGAGCUGCUUGUCACCCACUUAAACUCUUGACUUUCAUGUUCUGUGUGGGCUUUCUAGAUUCUCAGUGCGUGAUUUCUUAGUCGCUGCGUGAAUGUUCAUGUUGUGUUAUAUUCUGCAACACCUCUCUGCUCAUUUAGUGUACAUGGUGAAGGAGAAAAGGUGAGUACGCUCUCACAUGUCCUUAGGCGCAUUAAUCGAGCCACUCAAGUUUGGGAUACCUCAGGUUUUUUACUUCAACGUCAAAACUUUCAGACAAGACUUUUUAGGCAUGUUUUAUGUGCAUCAGCACAGCGGCAGACGAGAAACAUCAACAAAGUAUUGCACGAUUUUUAACAAAAGAAACCAUGAUGAACUGAUGGGGUGGCAGCCCUGAAGAGACGUCUUGGUGCUGCAAGUUUGUGAGAUUGACGUUGGUCCAGCUUUAAACGUGAGAUAUUACGGGAGAUUUCUUGGUACCCUAUAAAUAAUUACUAUAUGAAUUAUAAUGAGUGUAGUUUAGAUGAAGACUCAUGAAGGUUUUGUCAUGGACUGCAAUGCUAUGUCAAAAAAAAAUUGGGAAGCCUGACCACUUACUUGAAAAAUCAGUUAAUUAAUGUGUUGUGAUGAUCACAUUGUUUUGGAAUAGUUCUGUGUACUCUAAAUAAUUGGGUCCAAAAAACAAACAUUUCAUACUGUCAAUCAUGAAAAAUAUCCAAUAUUUUUGCAUACUAAUAAUAAAGACAGAAUAUUCAUUCAAAAACUC